UGUAUGGGCACAAUGUGAAGAGCAGCAACGACUUCAUCGGGAGGAUCGUGAUUGGGCAGUACUCAACAGGGGCCCCCGAGUCCAACCACUGGCGCCGGAUGCUCAAUGCGCACCGGACGGCCGUGGAGCAGUGGCACAGCCUGCGGUCCCGGGAGGAGUGCGACCGCGUGUCUCCAGCAUCCCUGGAGGCCAUGGGCACCGCGUGGGAUGUGUGCGCUCUCCUCUCCGCGGCGUUGCUCGCUGCCCAGGCUUUCCCCCAGACCAACAUAAAGAUCAGCCAAGCCAUGCCGGAGCCUGUUCAUGCCUACUCCUGCCCGCUCUUCUGGACAGAGUAUGAGGGCCAUUGCUACCGGUACUUCCCCAUCAACAAGACCUGGGCUGAAGCAGACCUCUAUUGUGCCGAGUUCUCCAUUGGCAUCAGAUCAGCCAAGCUGACCUCCAUCCACAGCUGGGAAGAAAACGUCUUUGUGUAUGACCUGGUGAACAGCCGUGUGCCGGGUAUCCCCACCGACAUCUGGACAGGACUCAAUGACCUGCGGCAGGAGGGUCACUUUGAGUGGACAGAUGGCUCCUCCUAUGACUACCACUACUGGGAUGGCAGUCAGCCCGAUGACGGGAUCCACUCCAUCCCGGAGGAGGAGGACUGCGUGCAGAUCUGGUACCGGCACAGCAGCGCACUGCGCUCCUGGAACGACAACGCCUGCAGCAGAGCCUUCCCCUUCGUCUGCAAGAUCCCCUCGCUGGCCCUGGACUGAGGCUGCUGGUGC